CUACCUUGGGAAACAGUUUCAACUAGUGCUCACGGCUCAGAGCAGGUUCGUACGAAGUUUGCCACGGAAAGACGAGCGCAAGACCCUACUGUCACAUAAGAUUAGCCAUCUCGCCUAGAUCGCAGUCGCAAGAGAAGAGGGGCCAUGGGCAGCCACCCAGCAGCUAGCGUGAUGAGCUGCCAUCUUUCGUACCGCUCCUGCUCCCCACCACCGGUGGCGGUGAGGCGGUGACCGGUGCGCGGUGCCUCACUGCCUCUGCCACCGUACAUAGACUACAGAGACACACGGGCCGCGGCUUCCCACAGUCUCUUUUUUUUUUCCACCCGUCUUUUCUCUUUCCUCCGUCUUCUCCCACUUGUUGUAGGGCCUGGGUGGGAGGAGUCAGGACAGGAGGCAGCACAGCCAUUAUAAUAGCACGCCAUACGCCAAAAGCUGCAGUGGAGCCGAGCAGGUACUCCCACUGUCGCCCUCUCCCAAGAACCCGCCCAAAGAAUCCUAGAAUCCAAGAAGAAGGGCAGCAACAAAAAACAAGGGGCGGGGGGGGCUGCAGGUCUGAGGGCGGAGGGGGAGGAGGUGGUGCUGCCGUGCUGGAAGACCAGUGUGUGAAGACCACACAGAGUCUCUCGCGCACCCGGUGUGCUGUGCUGUGGUCUUCCUCUUUGACCGCCUUCUCGGAGCGGGGAGUUUGGCCAUGGGGAGGUGGUGGCCGGCCGCCCUGCUGGGCUGCGCAGUGGCGGUGGUGGCCGUUCUGGCGGCCGCCGUGGUGGAAUGCGCGGUCACGUACGACAAGAAGGCGGUGCUCAUUGAUGGGCAGAGGCGGAUUCUCUUCUCCGGAUCCAUACACUACCCCAGGAGCACCCCUGAUAUGUGGGAAGGACUGAUUCAGAAGGCUAAAGAUGGAGGCUUGGAUGUGAUUCAGACCUAUGUCUUUUGGAACGGACAUGAGCCUACGCCUGGAAAUUACUAUUUCGAAGAGAGGUACGAUUUGGUCAGGUUCGUAAAGACGGUCCAGAAGGCCGGCCUGUUUGUACAUCUCCGCAUCGGCCCCUACAUCUGCGGCGAGUGGAACUUCGGUGGCUUCCCAGUUUGGUUGAAGUAUGUACCAGGCAUCAGCUUCAGGACAGACAACGAACCUUUCAAGACGGCAAUGCAGGGUUUCACUGAGAAAAUUGUUGGAAUGAUGAAGAGCGAAAACCUCUUUGCAUCCCAAGGUGGCCCAAUUAUCCUCUCUCAGAUUGAGAAUGAGUAUGGGCCAGAAGGCAAGGAGUUUGGUGCCGCAGGUCAGGCAUAUAUCAACUGGGCAGCAAAGAUGGCAGUGGGACUGGACACUGGUGUGCCGUGGGUGAUGUGCAAGGAGGAGGAUGCACCUGAUCCAGUGAUCAAUGCGUGUAAUGGUUUCUACUGUGAUGCAUUUUCUCCUAACAAACCUUACAAGCCCACAAUGUGGACUGAAGCUUGGAGUGGCUGGUUCACAGAAUUUGGUGGGACCAUCCGCCAACGACCGGUUGAAGAUCUCGCAUUUGCUGUUGCUCGAUUUGUACAAAAGGGUGGCUCUUUUAUCAAUUACUACAUGUAUCAUGGAGGAACAAAUUUUGGACGCACUGCUGGGGGUCCCUUCAUCACAACAAGCUAUGAUUAUGAUGCUCCAAUUGAUGAAUAUGGACUUAUUAGAGAACCAAAGCACAGUCAUCUUAAAGAACUCCACAGAGCUGUUAAGUUAUGUGAACAGGCUUUGGUUUCUGUUGACCCCACAAUUACUACCCUUGGAACUAUGCAAGAGGCCCAUGUCUUCCGAUCUCCAUCUGGUUGUGCAGCUUUCCUUGCAAACUACAAUUCUAACUCCCAUGCAAAAGUUGUGUUCAACAAUGAGCAAUACAGCCUCCCACCUUGGUCAAUUAGCAUCCUUCCUGAUUGCAAGAAUGUAGUUUUUAACAGUGCCACAGUUGGUGUUCAGACAUCUCAGAUGCAAAUGUGGGGAGAUGGUGCCACAUCGAUGAUGUGGGAGAGGUACGAUGAGGAGGUUGAUUCUCUGGCAGCUGCUCCAUUGCUCACCACAACUGGUUUGCUUGAGCAGCUUAACGUCACCAGAGACAGCAGUGAUUAUCUGUGGUACAUUACCAGUGUUGACAUAAGCCCAUCUGAAAACUUUCUACAAGGUGGUGGCAAGCCUCCGUCUCUGAGUGUUCAGUCUGCUGGUCACGCCUUGCAUGUCUUUGUCAACGGACAACUUCAAGGUUCUUCGUAUGGUACCAGGGAGGAUCGAAGAAUUAAAUAUAAUGGCAAUGUUAACCUUCGAGCUGGUACUAACAAAAUCGCACUACUGAGUGUUGCUUGCGGAUUGCCGAAUGUUGGAGUGCAUUAUGAGACGUGGAACACCGGCGUCGGUGGUCCUGUCGUGCUUCAUGGAUUGAAUGAAGGUUCGCGAGACCUUACUUGGCAGACCUGGUCCUAUCAGGUUGGCCUGAAAGGCGAGCAGAUGAAUCUGAACUCCGUAGAAGGCUCAGGCUCAGUUGAAUGGAUGCAAGGGUCACUGAUAGCUCAGAAGCAACAGCCGUUGGCCUGGUAUAAGGCUUACUUCGAGACUCCCAGCGGGGACGAGCCAUUGGCUUUGGAUAUGGGCAGCAUGGGCAAGGGACAGGUCUGGAUAAACGGACAAAGCAUUGGACGCUACUGGACAGCGUAUGCAGACGGGGACUGCAAAGGGUGCAGCUACACCGGGACCUUCCGGGCACCCAAGUGCCAAGCAGGCUGCGGCCAGCCCACCCAGCGUUGGUACCAUGUGCCAAGGUCCUGGCUGCAGCCCAGCAGAAACCUACUGGUAGUCUUGGAGGAACUGGGUGGUGGGGACUCGUCGAAGAUCGCCCUAGCCAAGAGGUCGGUCUCGAGCGUCUGUGCCGACGUGUCCGAGGACCAUCCGAACAUCAAGAAGUGGCAGAUCGAGAGCUACGGCGAGCGCGAGCACCGCAGGGCCAAGGUGCACCUGAGGUGCGCGCACGGGCAGUCCAUCUCCGCGAUCAGAUUCGCGAGCUUCGGGACGCCUGUGGGCACCUGCGGCAACUUCCAGCAGGGAGGCUGCCACUCGGCUAGCUCUCACGCUGUGCUAGAGAAGAGAUGCAUUGGGCUCCAGAGAUGCGUCGUCGCCAUCUCCCCCGACAACUUCGGAGGAGACCCCUGCCCGAGCGUGACGAAGAGGGUGGCGGUCGAGGCGGUGUGCUCUCCCGCCGCUUAGGCUUAGCCUGCCCGCCCGCCCCUACUUCUCCGACUCACCGAGCAACGGAUUUGAAGGCCGAAACCGAUGUGUGUGGAGAGUGGAACUGUAAGUAUCGACUUGCAUUGGUCGGAGGGAGGUUUAGCAUUCGUCCGUCUGAUUCCGGAUUAGGAUUGGUGCUCUGCUACGUCUCCAUGAACUGUUCAAAGCGGCCAGCUGGGUCCAGGGAUGGAGCUGUAGAGAGAGUAGGAGUAGAAGACUGAUCAUGCGUUCUUUUGCUGUUGUGUGUUAGUAGUAGCUGUGUACCUACCCGUGACACAUCUCGUUUUUCUUGAAACGGAGGAAGACGCAGGUGAAGCGUGCAUCGUGCCUUUGUUGUUGCAAUUGUGUUGUGUGUGGUGGGGGAGGAAAAAAAAAGAACAGGCUUUGAUGUUCUCAGAAGCUCAAGUUCAGAUCUGAUAGUGCAUGGAAAAUCAUGAACCCUGAGGAA